ACACUGUGACAAAAUUCAACGCAGAGGGCUGCAAAGUUCAUCAUGAAAAUCGCGAUGGCGGAGAGCAUGGGAAGUAUCCUUUCUCACCUUUCAAAGAGCACCAACCAACAGACGAGCGAAUCAAUGGAAAUGGAAGAGACUGGAGAUACAACAUCGCUGGAGUCCAGCUCAGUGGAGCUGCUGACCAGUGAAGAUCCAUCCAGUGAGAGGGACGUCCCGGAGCUACCGCGGGAGGAGAGUGUGGACAAUCUAUCAGAGAACUUUGCAGAUGCCUUAACCACUCAGGAAGAGCCAGUAAUUGAGGAGAUUGUCAGCAAGGAGAGUCCACCUGUUGAAUCCAUCCUGGUGCCGUCUGAACCGGUUCAAUCCAGUCAACAAGUGAAUGGUGAUCUUCAAGGCAAGGAAGACGCGGAGACCAGUACAGAAGAGGUGUUGUCAGAAGGAGCGGAGACUGCCACCUUGGUUGUAGCUGAAGAGAAGGCAUCCAAGGAAUCCAAGAAGGAAGGAAAGAAAGUCAAGAAAGGCAAAGAUGCUGAGCACAUGAGCCGUGCCAUCAUGCAAGCUUUGAAUGGACUAGAAACACCUGAGGAUAAAAUAGCUGCCUUAUGUAAAAAAUAUGCAGAGCUGCUUGGUGAGCACAAGUCCCUUCAGAGGGAAAGCAAGACACAGACCAAGCAACUUUCUCAGAUCCAACGAGAAAGAGACCACCUCCAGAGUGAACAUGGGAGGGCACUCCUGGCCAAGAGCAAGCUGGAGAGUCUUUGCAGGGAACUCCAGAGGCACAAUAAGACUAUCAAGGACGAGAGUCUUCAGAGAGCCCGAGAGGAAGAUGAGAAGAGGAAAGAGGUUUCCAAUAAGUUCCAGCAAACAAUCAAUGAGAUUACAACACAAAUGCAGGAUAAUCACACCAGGAAUAUCAAGCUAAAAGAAGAAAACAUUGAGCUCGCAUCCAAACUUAAGAAUCUCGUUGAACAAUAUGAGAGGAGAGAAGAGCACAUAGAGAAGUUAUUCAAGCAUAAAGACCUCGAAUCACAGCUCUAUGAUGCCAAAUUACAACAAUCAAAUCUAGCAUUGGCAGAAGAGAAAGAAAGGAAUAAACGAGAAAUUGAACUGUUGUUGACAGAAUCGGUAGAUUCAAAAAGAAGGUUGGAAAUGUAUACAAAACAAGAAGCACAGUUGAAAGCUCAGUUGGCAGUAUAUACCGAGAAGUUUGAAGAAUUCCAGAGUACAUUAACAAAGAGCAAUGAGGUCUUCCAGACGUUUAAACAGGAAAUGGACAAGAUGACAAAGAAAAUCAAGAAACUGGAGAAAGAGACAAACCUAUGGAGAGGUCGAUGGGAAACCAGUAAUAAAUCACUCAUGACAAUGGUGGAAGAGAAAGGGCGGCACGAGAAGGAGCUGUUAGAUAGGAAGAUCAAGAUCAAUAGACUAGAGAAUCUAUGUCGAGCUUUACAAGCUGAGAGGAAUGCUCUAAUAGGCAAAGCAAGAUCAUCACAAGAUGCUUCUCAAUCCUCGCCUUCAUCAGACCUGGUCACAGAACUCAGCUCAGCCCAAGAACCAACCUGCAACGGGGAAAUAAUCUCUAACCUCCAGCCCGAGACGAAACCCGCCUCCGAUCCGACAGACAGUAGCCCUUCAGGGGAUAGCAGCGCUGCAGCGAGUGCGGAUGGAGGGAAUGAGGACGACGGAGGGAGAGGUGAAGGAGGAAAUGGAAAGGAGGAGGAGCAGAACGAAGCAGCUGGAGUGGAGGAGGGGGAUGGAGAGAAGGGAAAGGAGGAUGGUGAGAAGAAAGAUUGUGUAGAGAAGAAUGAUAAAGCAAUGGAAGAAGCAAAUGGUGGAGGGAGCGAGGAUACCAAAGUCGAAUUGCCUGUGUCAUCAGAAGCAUAGGAUAUACCGUUGCACAACCAUAAGAUCCCUGAGGGGCACUUUUAUCAACAAUGUCAGCACUGAAUAGAUUGUCAUGUCAGCUCUGACAGUUGCAGUCAAACCCUUAAUUUUGAUUGGCUGAGAAGCACCAGUCUCCGACUGUUGCUAUGGUAUCUGUCAGAGAAAGACAUCAUGUCGGUGCUGGCAAGGUUCAUGAAAUACUCCCCCGUUUCAUAAAACUUGUUAUCAAAAGCUGCUGUUACAAGCAACUGAGAUUAUAGUAUCUCAUUGGCUGGUAUCAGAUUUGUCAGAGAGAUUUCACAUUGUUUAUCGAUAACAUGUUUUUUUGUGAAACCGGGCCAAGGGAUGCAAGUUGAGUUCUCUGAAAAUCAACUUACCAUCUUUAUCCUCUGCAUCUCCCUUGAAGAAAAUAAAUUCCAAUAUCAUGUUUUCAUAAAUCACUGAAAUGAUUUAUUGUGUGAGUACCUUUGGCUUAACACACGAAGCCUUGAUUCCACUUUUCAUCUAUUUUCCAUUAUUUUUUCCUCUUGCAUGGUUUGAUAUUGAAAUGGAAGCUGCCUAGGAUUAGUGUUUUGACAAAGAACAAUACAUAUAUGUGGUUUAACCAUUAGAAACUUAGCAUUUUGAGAAAAUGUAAGGCAAAGGAAACCUAAUUUGAAAUUUGUUAGUGUGUGAUUUCUUUUUACCCAUUCAAAGCUAGUUUCAUUCAAAAUCGACCAUUCAAAGCUCAUUUCUGAGUUCACGUUUAAGCAGUCAAAACAGGUGAGUAAUAGGAUCUAUUUCAAGCAUCACUCAAAAACUCACAUUUUUCGCCAGACAUUUGGACAUACAUAGCUUGGUUGUAGAAAUCGGCACCUUUGAAUCUGUUAUGGCAUCAUGCUUGAAUUGAUUGUGUGAAACGUCGUCGUCAUCAACAGCAGGUGGAAUAUAACAGGAAAUGACAGAACUAUUAAAGGGGAAGUCCACCCUGACAAAAAGUUUAUUGUAAAAAUAGCAGAAAAAAUGAUAAAAAAUAUUGCCGAAGGUUUGAGAAAAAUUCAUCAAAUAGUUAAAAAGUUAUUAGAAUUCCAAUUAUUUGAUUUGUGACGUCAUAUGCGAGCAGCAUUCCUACAUAGCGAAUGGUAAAAAAUCAAUGAAAUGUCAUUUUUUCACUUUACUUUUUGUAUAUCAAUAGACAAAUCAUUUCACACCCGAUCUUGAAUAAAAAACAAAAAUAAGUCAUCAGGAACCAUGCAAAAUUUGAAAUUCAUGCAUUUUAUAUUACAUAACACAUGGGGCAGCUGCUCGUCUAUGACGUCACAAAUCCAAAACUUUGAACUCUAAUAACUUUCUUACUCUUUAACGGAUUUUCAUCAAAUCUUCACCAAUAUUUUUUACUAUUUUUUCUGCUAUUUUUACAACAAAGU